UCUUCCCACGCUUGUGAAAAUUUAGCUAUGGCGGCAAUUUGCAAAAAUUUGUUGGAAUGCUGAACACGUGAAGUGUAUUAGUUUGACGAUUUUGAUUUUGUUUUCGUACACGGCUUUUUUGCAGUGUUGUAUUUUUUUGCAAGUAGUGUAAGAAAAUAAUAAUGGUGCGAAAGAGACCUUGUUGUGUACCCUUGUGUAGUGACAAAAUUUCUGUGCGCCACCGUUUUCCACUUAAAAACGUAGAUGUUUUUGACUUGUGGAUUCAGAGAAUAAAUCCAAAACUGCAAGGCCUUGAGAGGAAAAAGGUUUAUGAUACCUAUCUUGUAUGCGACCGACAUUUUAACGAACAGUGCAAGAAUGCUGGUUCAAAGAGUCUCAAAAUUUACUCUUUGCCGACACAACAUCUUCCAGAAUUCCAUGAAAAGUCUGUGAAGGAAAAUUCAUUCCUCUAUCCCCUUGAUAUCACAGCUGGGAUAAUUGCAAAGGCCAACAACGACAGCAGGAGUUGCACAGUUGGAAUUGAAGAAAGUUGUGAUGGCAUACAACUGCUGGGGCCAUGCAGUUCAUUAUCUGUGCGUGAGGAUUGUCAAGUAGAAACAAGAGCAGAGGAAAAUAUCAGUAUGCCGGAAAUUCGAGUUGAGGAAAUGUUGGAUGGCAUACAACCAUUGGAGCCGUGUAGUUCACCAGCUGUGCGUGAGGAUGUCAAAAGUACAGGAUUCAGUGAGGAGCCUUCAAAGGAGCAUAAUGUUGAGCACACUGUUUGCAAAUCUUUGUUGAAAAAUGUCAGUGUAACUCGGCAAAAAGUACUGACUCCUAAAGCUCGUAGGCUAUACCAAGAUGCAAUUAAACUAAGACACAAUAAGGCAAUAUUGGCUGGGAGGGUCAAAAACUAUAGAACAAGAGUAAAGCUUGCUGAGAAAUUUGCUACUUCAAAAAUGUUUGACUACAUUGCAAACAGAGUUAAUGACGUCACGUAUCGUUUCUUCUUGUCGCAGCUGAAAUCACAAAAAGUGAUUCCCAAAGGUAGAAGGUUUACAUUAGAUGAUAAACUUCUUGCCCUUGCACUGUCAAAGCAGAGUAAUAAGGGCUACAGGUUGUUAUCAAAGUACUUUGCUUUGCCAUCCAAGAGAACACUGACAAAAGUUCUGGGAAAUUUCCAUUUUGAUCCUGAUGUCAAUGUGCAUGUAAUGGAGCAAUUAAAGAAAGCUGUGGCAAGACUUACUCCGAAGGACAGAUAUUGCACUCUUGUAUUUGACGAGCUGAGUCUUCAGCCUAACAUACACUACGAUGAGAAUGGUGAUGUUAUUGUAGGAUUCCAAGAUUUUGGCAAUGGAGAACGGAAACCAGUGUUUGCAGACCAUGCAUUAGUUUUUAUGGUGCGUGGCCUUAAAAAACGUUGGAAACAGCCUAUUGCAUUUGCAUUCAUUGAAGGUUCAACCAAAACCACUGACCUAGUUCGCUGUAUUAAAGAUGUUGUCACAGCUGUUCAACAGACUGGGCUUAAAGUUGUUGGCACUAUCUGUGACCAAGGUACGUCAAACCAAGCUGCCAUAAAUUACCUUCUAAAAGAAAGUGAUGAGAUGUGCAAGAGGAAAGGCAUAGAAAAUCGUAAUUCAGGAAUGGUAAUUAAUGGAGAAGAGAUAAUUCCCUUAUUUGAUCCUCCACAUCUUUUAAAGGGGAUAAGAAACAAUUUGCUCACCAAAGAUGUCCUGUUCAUUUGGGAGAAAGGUCAGCAAGUAGCUUCGUGGAGGCUCUCCAACUUUACGAAGUAGACAGUCGUCAUCAUCGAGAUGACUUGAGAGCAUGCCCGAAACUAACGGAAGAGCAUGUUGUGCUUGCAAAAAUCAAGAAAAUGAAAGUGAAGAAUUGCACACAGGUCUUCAGUCAACGAUUGUCGUCUACAAUGCGGCUGCUUGCAGAGUGGGGUACGUACUUACAUUUUAUCCCUCAAUAUUCAUUUGUUGUUCAUGUAAUCAGAACAGUGGGAUAAAAGUUCUUUAAAGAACUGCAGCAGAUUGUAUUGUUGAGUGUUACAGAUACAUAGUUAAACUUCAGUAUAAAAAACACAAAGAAACCCAAAUUUUUAUUUCUAUAGAAUAUUUUAAUUGAUUGCACAUAGGCCUUAAUUUUCAUAUUUUGGUUCUACAAUUAAUACUUAAAAGUUAUACACUGUUAAAAAGCCUUGAUAACUAUUUUUUUUGGAAAUAGCCUCAGUAAUUGCAUUUUCUAAAAAUAAUUUACAAUAUUCAUGAAAGUGGUCAAUAAACAAAUAACUUUUUAUUUCUGACUGUGUUGUAAUUACUCCCAAAAUCUUCCCACAAUGAAAAAAACCCCAUUUGGUGAGAAGGGGUAGUACCUUCAAUCUAAAAAUUGAAGCAAUGAAAUAAAACUUAUGUGAGAUUGAAAUGGUACUCUCACUUAAUUACAUUAUUGACAGUAAAAAUGUUUUGGCAGAUGUUUUCAUUUAUUUUGUGUGUUCAUUUGUGUAUUGUGUGCUUCUUCACAGUUAAUAUUUUUCAAUAAUGAACUGUUGCAGGUGAUUUUGAUGGGAGAUUAGAGAAAAGUGCCAUUGACACAGCAGAUUUUCUUCUCUUCAUGGAUAAACUUUUUGACAGUGUCAAUGGUACACGUAUCCAUGCUGUUGAAGGGAAGUUGCUCCGCUGUGCUGUUACUGCACGUUCUCCACAUGUUCAGUUUUGGAGAGAUGCGAUUCCUGUCUUGGAAUCAAUACAGUUCACCAAUGGCAAAACUUCAACAAGACCACCUUCUGUGAAAAACUGUGUUCGUACAGUUAAGGGUUUUCUUCAUAUCUGGGAUAAGUUGAAAGAAGACUUCAAGUUUCUUGCACCAAGAAACUUCAAUCAAGAUCCCUUGGAGAAUUUCUUUGGCUCAGUUAGGAGCCACGGAGUGAGAAAUAUCAAUCCAACUUGUUCUAAUUUUAAAUCAUCUUUCAAAGGUUUGCUCUUAAAUAACUUAGUCUCAGCACACUCUGUUUGCUCUAACUGUGAGGAUGAUGACUGUAUUGGUCCUCUAGAUUCUUUGAAGGAGCUGGUGGGGAGUGUAAAAUCUUCUACUGUCUGUCCAGAAACACCAUUCCAUGUUCAGACUCCUGUAGACUAUACUGUACCGCAGACACGUUUGUCACGUGCCACAAAAGUUUAUGUGACCGGCUAUCUUGCCAGGAAAGUCCUUAAAAAAUUGAAAGGUUGCAUAUCUUGUAAGAAAGUUCUCAUAAGCGAUUGCAGUGUGCCUAACAAUGAAAUUAUCAUUGCAAGAUCUUACUCUGCCAAAUCCCUAUGUCAUCCACAUACAACAUUUUCUGACACUUGCAAUACCAUUGUAAAAGUUAUUACUUCUGAGUUACCAAAAAUCUGUUAUCAGCCAGGUGUCAGACAGAAGAUAUUGGCCAAGAUUCUGAAUUCUGAAACAAGAUUAAUAUCGUGUUCUAUACACAAUCUUCAUGAGUGUGUGGCAGAUAUUGUUGUUAAAUUUUAUGUACAUCAGUGGUGCAACAACAUCAAUAGGCUGUUAAAGGGAAAAUUUAUUCCAAAAGUGUUUACUGAUCCUUUAAAGAAAGCAGCAUAUCAAAAAUACUUGAAAUCUCGUUCUGGAAAAAGUGUAGGUAAAUAAUAUACAUAUUGUAGGUUCUUGGUGUACACACUCCUCACAUUUUAAAAUUUAUGUUAACAUCAUGACUUGGAUGAAAAUAGUAUUUUUGUCUGAAAAGAAUUCAUUUCAUACACACACUAAAAUGUCAAUUGCUUUAAUUAAUAUAAUGGUUAUGAAAAAAAAUUUUAUAAAAUUGUUUGCACAGCAUUUUGUUUAUAUAGAUUAUAGAUCAAUAAAUCAGACUACAGCAUUUACGUUUAGAAUUGUAGUAUUAAUUAGCAUUUAUCAAGUUAUUAAACAGUAAAAACAAAUCUUUUACUGAACCAAAAAAUUAACAUUCAGCAUUCAGCCAGGUUUUUCCCUAAUUAUUUGUUCUUAAUAAGUAACAUUGUACACUGUGUUUACGUAUGUACAUACCUUUGUUUUGAUUACAGAAACAUAAACAAUAUAAAUGUAAUGAAUAUACACAUAUUCAGUAAAUGUGAAACAAGUUAUUUUUCAUACACACUGUUAAAUCACAGCUCGUAAUGUUUGCAGUUUAUUAAUUUACUGCUAUUUUUGAUGAGACUGAUCUAAAAAAAUGUUCUGUAAUCUUUUUUUCUCUCCUGAUUUUGUAUGUAAUACUACAAUUGAUAGCAGCAACAUGCAUUUCAACAGUCACUACUGAUGAAAAAUGUGUGCUGCUUUGAAAGCAUAGUACCAAUUUGAUUCACGAAUGUACCCUUAAACGCUCGUUCUUGUCACAAGUUAUUCCCAUUUACGUGUUAAACAAUUCCUUCAUUAAGUUUGUAUAAAAUUUGAAAUAAACACACAAAUAAAGGAUAAAUAAAACUUUCUUUUUCCACAUGUUAGCAUAGGUUACAGUUACUGACCUCAUAUUGCAAAAUGUUUUUGGUAUGUGCAGACAUUUUGUGUUGUUAGUCAUUUCUGUGUGACAGUAACAUUUAUCUGCUUUUAGGCCUAAUUGUUUCCCUUUGUUUAUAGCUAAGAAACCAUUUUGUUGCAUUGUAUAGCUUAUAACUUAGUCACUUUGUAACAUUUCAUCACACCUAUAUAGUUAAUACUUUUCCAUCAUUUCUCUAGAUUGAAAAUGGUAAAACAAUGGUUUCAUCACCCUAAUGUUAUGGAUCCAAUAUGUAAAUUGUGGUUUGGUUUUAUUCAUUGGGAAUAUUUAUAUUACCCCUCAAACAACUCCUUCAGUUUACACAUCAUACUUUGAAGCCCUUGAAGAUAAGUUUUUGUGAAUUCUGAUGUCUCUUUAAUAAUGUAACGUUGCCCCUGCCCUCCUAGCUAAAUAUUUUUCUUUUAAACUAUUUUCAUGAAGGUAAAUAUUUCUUAAAAAAAGUCUCGCUAAGCAUAUCUGACCGUUUUUAUGUAUUUUAGGGUUGAUAUUUGUACUUGCUGUGUGUUUUAAGAAUGUACUUUGUAUUUUAACAGACAUUUGCAAUCAUUACUAUUUUUUAUGUAAUUAUUCACAAAUAAACUGUUGUACUGGAUCUUUGCCUGUUUUGGCCUACUUUUUCAGGUUUUUCUAAAUAAGUUUAAUUUUUUAAAGUAAUUUGUAUUAUGAUUGCUGUUACAUAAGGUUCUAGAACAAUGGAUUUGGUGUGGGAUGUAUUAGAGAUAGGCAUAAGAGGCCUGUAAGUGCGAGAGAGAACGAAACAGUGAUUCCCCGGUAACAGAGACAAAAGCUGGGAUUCACCACUGGUCGUGGGAACUGAGUGAUAACUGCUGUCUCACUGUGUGGGAGAGAGAACGAGAAUGUAAAGUCCCUGGCUCUGGGUAUAUAAAACUGUUUUCAAUGUAUGUCGCGUAUUCCUAUUGGCUUGUGAUUUGUAUUGUGAAUGAAGCGUGUGUGUGAUUGGUCGGUGACGUCAUGUGACUGCCCUCCCUGCGUGAAGGACACAGUGCCAUGAUCUCACGUCGUCUGUCGAUCGCUGCACCAGGAGGGCGCGUUCGGUGGCUUCUCACGAAACAUGUAGUAAUUGUGGAAUAGAAAACGUAACGUCGGUAGCUAGAGCCAUGCCGUUUAAUCAUUUGUUGUUUUGAAACUUUUUGGACAUUUUUUGUAAUUAGAAAUUGCGGCUACCGACGUCGGUGUCUGGCUCGUGGCAAAAUUCAUUUUCGCUGGGGGCGGCCAUGUUUGAGACCGCACUGAUUUUGUUUACUUACAGUAAAAUGUUACUGAAGGACUUAAUCUACGUUAUUUUUUGUUAAUUCUCAUCGCCCGAGCUGCGAGCAAUUUCGACAGGCGGAUGUACGAAUGGAAUGAGUGAGAAAUAUUUUGAAAGUGUUUGGAUUCGUCGGUGCAAUAUUCUAUUUUGAAAAAUAAAACUAAAACUACAA